UGAGUCCACACUCCAAAGACCUAUCCACAGAGAAUAAGACUCUCUCCCCUUCUCGCUCUACCUACUUGCCUGAGUCCACUAUGAUCGCUGCUCAAUUCUCUAAUUUCUCUUGACUUCUCUCUCGGAGAAACUACCAUGGAAUUCGAAGGAAAAUACGCAUGCGUUUUCCUUUCUCAACCUAAUUCCACCAUUUUUCUUUGCAAUUACUGGGGGAUUGGAUGGAAAUUGCUUCUGGGGAAAACUGUUUGAAGGACAAGAUUAGGGUUUGGUCUAAAAGAUUUAUUAGGGGAGGAAAUGUCGACUGGUGGAAACACACACUGGUGUUAUCAAUGCAGGCGGAGGGUUCGUCUUCAAGGACAGGACACGGUUUGCUCUUAUUGCUAUGGAGGCUUUAUACAAGAGCUCAAUGACCUGGAAGGUUUAGUACCAGAAGCUUUCUUGGGGUCUCGGAACUCAGAAGAUAACCAUGGCCAGAUGUCUUCAAUUUUUGAUGCUUUUAAUGGUCUCGCGAGACAGGGCAAUGCUGACCAAAGAUUUGGACUUGUGAAUGCUGUCAAUGAUUUUAUGAGGCAGAGAAUGGCAGGACGAAACCCGAACUUUGAUGUUAGAGUGAGAUCUGGUUUGGUUCCUGAAGACAACAGCAUGAGUGGCUAUCGUUCAGGUCCUUGGUUGGUAUUCCAUGGCCAGAUCCCCGUUGAAGCCCUUUUCAGUGGUGGUACAGGCAGGGGAGGUAAUGUUGGUGACUUGUUUUUGGGCCCUGGACUGGAAGAACUGAUUGAACAGCUUACCAUGAAUGAUAGGAGGGGUCCUCCCCCGGCAACUCGUUCUUCCAUUGAUGCUAUGCCCACUAUUAAGAUCACGCAGAGGCAUCUUCGCUCUGACUCACACUGCCCUGUUUGUAAAGAUAAGUUUGAGUUGGGUUCUGAAGCAAGGCAGAUGCCAUGUGACCAUAUAUAUCACUCAGACUGUAUUGUUCCUUGGUUGGUUCAGCACAACUCAUGCCCUGUUUGUCGCCAGGAGCUGCCUCCACAAGUUUCUGGUAAUGUUCGUGGUCAACAAAGUUCAAAUGGUGGAAACAGGAGCAGCAGGAGUGAGAACAGGAGCAGCAGCAAUGGCAGUAGUGCCAGUGGCAGCGAGAAUGGUGGGCAGAGUCAGGGAAGGAGGAACCUGUUCUCGUCUUUGUGGCCUUUUGGCUCGUCAAACCCAAAUGCUCAUCAUUAUGAUGAAACAGGAGGAAGCAGCUCAAGAACCCCCCAUGGAGAGAAUCAUGAGAUGGAUUACUCUGGAUGGCCUUCUGAUUACUGAGGUCCUGUUAGUGCUUUGCUUGCUUUAUUUUCUUUGUUGUGUGCCUCUACAAUUCACUUAGUAUCUACAAAUAAAGAAUAGUGAUACGGUAGAUGGAGAAGUGGUUUCAGAAGAACUUGGCUUUAUGUUGAUCUUGAAUCUGUUAUUGAAAGGGUAUUAGAAUCUCUGUCAAUAGGGGGUGAUUUUCUUUUACUUUGUAUAAAUGAUGACAGUAUGUUUUUCACUUGCAUCUUUCCUGGUAAGUGUACUGUGCACCUUAGUUCCUUUCUCCUUUUGUCACAUAUAGUUAGAUUGCACCUUUAUUAUUACUUUAAAAAUGAAGUCUUAUUGCUU